AUGUUUGGUUACGGGAAUAAAGAUGCCACUCUGCUUGGGUAUGCCUUUCUUUUAGCCCUGCCGAUAUGGUAUUUAACGACAUAUCUCCUCUCCCCGCUACGCUGUUAUCCCGGUCCCUUCCUCGCAGGCUGGACAAACCUAUGGCGCAUGUUACAAGUUCGCCAGGGCAAGUACCAUGUGGUCGUCCACGAGCUGCAUAAGAAGUACGGCGCGGUGGUGCGCAUUGGCCCCAAUGUGCUCGACCUGGAUAUCCCCGAGUUGAUCAAGACGAUUUACAAUAUUAAAUCGGAGUAUUUAAAGACCGAAUUUUAUCAUGGCAGUAGCGUUAAAGACAACGGCACAAUCAUCUACAAUGUCUUCAGCGAGUGCAAUCCUAAGUCGCAUGCACAGAUGAAGCGGCCCAUCUCGAAAUAUUAUUCCCUGACUGGGGUGCUUCCGCUGGAGUCCCAUAUCGAUGAUAUGAUUUCCUACUUGUGUCAACGCUUGGAGGAGAAUUUCAUCGAUCCAUCCAACCCAACUAAAACGUGCGAGCUAGCUGAAUGGAUUGCGUACUGUAAGUUGAAACCCUGCACAUCAUCCUUCCCAGGGCUAAUAGGUUGUCCAGAUACCUGGGAUGUGGUUGGCAACGCCACAUUCAGCAAGCCCAUUGGAUACCUGGAAAAAGGGUGCGACUUCGACGAGACCCUGCACAUCGCAAAUGUCGCCAUGGACUACUUUUCCCUAGUGGGACAAAUGCCAAUUCUGGAUCGUUUAUUGGACAAAAAUCCAAUCCACCGAAUCGGCCCGCCUUCUUUCGGAACCGUCGCCAACAUAUCAGUCCAGCACCUCAUAGACCGACUCCAGAACAAGGACACCGACUGCCAUGAUCCCAACAAGCCCGACUUCCUGGACAAAUUCAUCGAGGCCAAGGAGAAAUUCCCAGACGUGGUUGAUGACACGCAAAUCAUCUCGUAUCUCCUGCUCAACAUGGUUGCAGGAGCUGACACGACAAGCGCCACCAUCAACGCGGCAUUGUACAUGUCCUUGAAACAUCCUCAAGUCUGGGAGCGUCUAAGAACCGAGGUUCCCGCCUACGACCAUACCUCUGGAAGCACAGUGGUAUCCUACAAAUCCGCCAAGCAGUUCCCAUACCUAGAUGCCGUGGUACGAGAAUCAAUGAGAUGUCAUCCCGGUGUCGCCAUGCUUCUGGAGCGAUAUGUUCCAGAGGGCGGACUUGCACUCCCGGAUGGAAGCCUCGUUCCUGCGGGAUCCAUAGUUGGCAUGAAUCCCUACGUUGUGGGACGCCAUACGUCUGUCUGGGGCGAAGAUGCCGAAGACUUCCGUCCAGAGAGAUGGCUCCGCGAUGAGACACGCGAGACCGAAGACGCGUUCCAGGAACGUCUGCUAUCAAUGAAUAAGGCUGACCUCAGUUUUGGUGGUGGAAGCCGCAGUUGUAUCGGGAAGCACUUUGGUCUGCUGGAGGUGUAUAAGGUGAUUGCAACUCUUGUGUCACGAUACGAUAUCAAGCUAGCUCAUCCGGAAAAGGAUUGGAUGACGCAUAAUAGCUUUUUUAUGCGGCAGACUGGUAUCGAGGUGAAGCUUAGUCGUCGGAGAUGA